GGGCUGGAGCUGAGCGAAGCUGUUGUUGCUGGGCGACGGGAGAGCGAGCGGGCCCGUUCCUACUCGAAGCUACGGGCCGCGGAGCAGGUUACUCUCGUCGUAAGAGUUGCUCGACAUUUAUGAUGGGAGACGUCCUUGCGUAUGAAGCAGAGCUGCUUGGAAUGGUAAAGGAGUAUUUGGACUUUGCAGAAUUUGAAGAUACCGUGAAAUCAUUUACAAAGGAAUGCAAAAUAAAAGGAAAACCAUUACCUAAAACUGGAGGUAGUUCUGUGAAGGACUCCAAGGCUCUGAUAAUUCAGGAUCUGCUAACGUCCUUUACUGAUGGAGACCAGGACGUUUUCUUUGAACUCUGGGAAGAACAUGUUCCCUCCUCAAUCCGAGACAAUGAAGCUGUUGCCCAGAAGCUAGAGUUCUAUCUUCACAUCCAUUUUGCCAUCUACCUGUUCAAGCACUCCGUGGGAAAGCCUAACAAAGCAGCUUUGGAUGAAAGGAUUGCAUGUUUUAAAACCUAUUUGGAGACCAAAGGGGCCGCACUGAGCCAAACUACAGAAUUCCUUCCAUUCUAUGCCUUACCUUUUGUUCCCAACCCUAUGAUCCACCCAUCUUUCAAGGAACUUUUCCAGGAGUCUUGGGAAUCUGAUCUAAAGAUGAGGUUGGAGGAAUUUCUGUCUGCAACUCUAAAAGCCAGUAAUACUCCAAGACUUCUCACACUCUAUAAGGAGAACGCACAGUGUAGCCAAGAAAUGUUGCAGCAGCUACAUCAGCAGCUGGUGGAGUCCGAACGCAAAACGAUGACUUACCUCAAGCGGUUCAACAAAAUCCAAGCAGACUAUCACAACCUCAUUGGGGUCACUGCUGAGCUGGUGGAUUCCCUUGAAGCCACAGUCAACGGCAAAAUGAUUACCCCAGAAGAUCUGCAGAGUGUCUGUGUCCGUUUAUUUAGCAACCAGAUGAGACAGAAUGUAGCACAUAGCAUAGACUUCACAAGGCCCGGAACUGCCUCAACAAUGUUAAGAGCAUCAUUAGUCCCUGUGAAAAUGCAGGAGGUGCCACUCUUACCGUCCUUGGAUUAUGAGAAGCUAAAGAAAGACCUGGUUGAAGGCAGUGACCGCCUCAAAGCCUUUUUGCUGCAGGCAUUGCGCUGGCGCUUGACAACAUCCCAUCCUGGUGAACAGAGAGACACGGUUCUCCAGGCUUAUAUCAACAAUGACCUUUUGGAUUGCUACAGCAAUGUCCAGAGAAGUGUGUUAAUGCUGAUACAAUCAAAGAGCGAGAUUGUCCGCCAAUAUACAGCCAGGCUUAUCAAUGCCUUUGCUUCACUGGCUGAAGGUCGAAUCUAUCUUUCCCAGAAUCCCCGGUUGCUCCGAAUGCUGGAAGAAAGGUUGAAAGCUGAAGACAAGUAUUCCCUUACCCGAGAGAAUGUCCUGGGGGCUUUGCAGAAACUCAGCCUCAGGCGGGCUUUGCAGUCAACUAUGAUCAAGGACGGGCUCAUACCGUGGCUGGUGGAUGCGCUAAAAGAUUCAGACAGCAUGUCAGAUUAUACUUUGGCCUACUCGGUCGCCUUGCUCAUGAACCUCUGCCUUCGGAGUUCAGGGAAGAAAAUGUGUGUGAAAAUUGCAAACGAGGUACUCAAAGUUCUCUCGGAUCUCCUCGGCCACGAGAACCAUGAGAUACAUCCGUACGUGAAUGGGGCACUUUAUAGCAUCCUUGCUAUCCCAUCCAUACGAGAGGAAGCUCGAGCCAUGGAAAUGGAAGACAUUCUACGGUGCUACAUCGAGGAAGGAAAUGCUGAUAUGAUCCAGCAAAUUGAGUUUAUUAUCAAGCAGCUUAAAUCAGAAGAUCCACUGGACGAUAGUGCUGAGUCUGACGAUGAAGAGAAGGAAGAUAAUGAUGAAGAGGACCAUAACAGCAUGGAAGCCGACCUGGACAAAGAUGAAGUGUUGCAGCCUCAGCAGGGGGAGCUGUCGGGCGAGAAGCUCUUGACCACUGAAUACUUGGGAAUAAUGACCAAUACACCAAAAGCGAAGAAGAAGCCGAUUCCUGGCAUUCCCCAAAGCGUCGAUGAGCCUCUCCAGAGACCCGUGACGCCUGGCUACCACAGGGCUGCCUACCCAACGCCCGAAAAUGAUGCCAUUUCUUCCUGUAGCAGGGAUGGCCAUGUCCAGUGUGGGCGGAACUCGCGCCCCCCGACACGCAGCGGGAAGAGACCCAGCCUUUCAGAGCUUUGUCUCUCUUCAUCAUCAAUUGAAACGGAAGCCUCUGAGGGGUCCUCGGUGCGUCUUGGAAUGGGUCCAUGCAUCCCACCAGCUGCUGAUGUCCUCACUCUCCAUGACAGUGUAGACCGGCUGUCAAACAGCGACAUCCUUUCUGGUUUUGCCAGCAAACCUCGGCUGCCUUGCUCUCUGGACUUCCAGUGCGCCAGGCCCGGGAGAGGAAAGAUCCCAAACAUCGCUCCACAGUUCUCCCAGUCUGGGCCCCAACAAACCAGUCGCCCCGGCUCUUCUGGAUCAUCAGCAAGGAGCAGGCAGAGCAGCCAGUCUUCCAGGAAGUGAGGACAGAUCCUUUCCUCAGGAAUCACCUGUCCGAGUGCUUGUGGACAGGCACAACCAGCUUCCUGUCACAUGAAUCCUAACAUCUCUGGCAGCUUGCAGAACCAAGCAGGGAGGUUAUCAGCACUAGGACCAUGGAUACCUUGUACAAUGAGAUUCAGAGGCUGUCUGAUGAGAUGCAUUUUUUUGGGGGGGUGCUUAUCCAAAUGCGUGGCUCCUGGAUGGUGGAAAGUUUUGCCCCCUGGGCCACACUACUGCCGUGCACAGCUGCAUAAUUAAGGACACUUCACCAAAAAACAAAAACUAGCUGUACUCCCUGUUAAGGUGGCUGUCCUGAGAGGGGGAAGUUACAGUAGGUAGCUGGUCAGUUACUGUUUACAUCCUUGGUAGAGACUCUGCAGUCUUAAGUCAGACAUUUGCCCAUCCCAGCACCUCUUCCUCUUCCCAUCUCCUCCCCCUUCCUUCUCUGUUUCCCUCACAGCUUUCCUUCCAUUUGUCCCAAUAAAUAAUUGCACAAUAAAUCUGAAAUUUUGACUCCACAAUCUGCAACACAGACAGACAAAAACCCAGACAUUGAAACUCAAUUUGGUAUGUUUAAAAAGAUCUCCAAAUAUCCAAAUGUCCAAGAUUCACCUACAGUCAUUCUUAUGAUGCUUGUAGGGCAGCCUUCCCCAACCUGGUGCCCUCCAGAUGCGUUGGACUGCCACGCCCAUCAGCCCCUGACAUCUAGAGUUUGGAUGAUACAUUUGGCUCUCCAGAUGUUGCUGAACCAGCUCCCAUCAGCCCCAGCAAGCAUGGCCAGUAGCCAGGGAUGAUGGGAGUUGUGGUUCAGCAACAUCGGGAGGGCCAAAGGUGCCCUGCGCCUGGUGUGGCGCAUACCAAAGAGCUUCUCUCUGCUAAUCAGGGCUGGAGACGUGAGGCACAGGGGUGCUUGUGGCGUCCUUCCCUGUCAGGUUCCCACCUGCUUGUGGCUACUGCCUUUCCCUAGGCACCUCCAGGGACACCGCCAGUCAGGAUCGUUGUUUUUAUGUUUUCUCCACUCCGCUCUAGCACAGAUCUCACUAGAUCCCACUGCUAGGCAACACCACCAGUCACGUCCUGUAACCAAUACUCCCAGAGACUUUGCCUGAGUCUCUCUAUAGCUGGUUACUUUGUGACUGAGUGCUUAUGCUGUUCCCAACCCCCUUCUAUCUGUCUCUAUAAAGCAUACAACUCUGGGUUGCUCUGGAUACUUGUCUUUGUUACAAUAUCUCCCUUCACCGCUGCCACCAUUAGAUACUGUUUCUGUUCAGCCUUGGUAACUACCUUGCCCUCCCUUCUGGUCUGUAUAUUCCCCAGAGAAGGAUCAGGCCUUUGGUAAACCAAAUAAGUAUUCAUUCAAUAAUACCAGGAAAUAGCAAGAUUACUUAGGAUUGUUUAACAAGCGUAUGGUUUCAUUUAGUGUCACUCUUUAUGUUUCUGUUCAUUUAUAUACUUUCUAAAUAUCAGCCAAAUAUAAUCCAAACCUCCCUCAGAACUCUGCCAGCCAACCCUCACCAAAGGACCUCACUCCAACCAACUCAACUUCUCCCUCCCCACACAACUCUCAUCCUCACAUUUAUACCUUCAGCCAGCCAGCCACUCAGCCAAUCAUCAUCCAGCAUACUUCAGCUUCUAACCCAUGUAUUCCCCCUUUCUCUCUCAGUCAUUUACCAUACAUCACCUAAUAGACCCGCACUUACCAUAUUUACAGAUGCUAACUUACAGAAACAUCACAGUGCUCACCAUGUGAUUCCCCUCCUACUCCCCAAACACACUCCUCCCCCUGGAAUGAAUUAUGCAAAUGAACCCAUGUCACGACCCAGCAGAACCCCAAUAGAUACGCACGUGUUUGUUUUUUAUAAAAAAUUUAUUUGUGAGGCCUGGAUUCGAAUCUCAGCUAAGUGAUCAUAGAAUCAUAGAAUAGUAGAGUUGGAAAGGGCCUAUAAGGCCAUCAAGUCCACCCCCCUGCGCAAUGAAGGAAUCCAAAUCAAAGCAUUCCCGACCGAUGGCUGUCCAGCUGCCUCUUGAAUGCCUGCAGUGUCAGAGAGCCAGUGAUAGGUUCGGGGCCAAACUAGAUGUAAUGUGGGGGGAGCAGUUUGUCCCAGCGGUGCAGCCAAAUCAACCUGCGAGCAUCAGUGACUCAACGUGAAGCCCUUGGGCCUCUCUUGGGAAACUUUGGAACAUCCCUGCCCUGAAACCUGCUUUUCCGCACAAAAUGCUAGAGCGUUUAUCGGUUUAUCGGACAUAAUCGUUUAUUAUGUCUGUGGAGACACUGGUGCUCUUUAAGUCAAUGGUGUGCCGGGUGCUGUACAGACCACAGAAGCGAGACGGUUCUGUGCAGAGGGCUUGCAGUCAGUCUCCCAGCAGGCAGGAGCAAGGCAGAGGCAAACAACCAGGAUGGGAGGCAGCAUCAAUGGGGAGGGGAGGUUCUGCAGGCAGUGAAUGGCCAGCAGGUCUUGAGGAUGGCCUUCAAAGCAGGAAAUGGAUUGGCAAGAGAGAAGCAGAGGAGGUGGCUGUUGGCCCAGAAAGCAGCGUGGUAGGAAGCCUUCCUUUAGCAUUGUGGUUUGAAUGAAAAUGAUAACUGUUGGGUCAGGGAGGUGGAGCCAGGAUUAGAACCUUGGAACAGAUGCAGAGUAAGUUUCCUUAAUAAGAGGGAUGCCAAGUGAGGCAUCUUAAAGAGCAGAGGCGCAAGCGUAGGUCAGCAUUCGCCCUGCUGUUACUCUGUUUUGGCUCUGGUUGGCAUCUGCCCAGUGCUGGUGAUGAGGUGGGAGAGAGAUAUAACGUAAAGUAGUGUCAAGUUUGAGGCAAGCAAGUGCUUUGCAUUUGGAGCGAAGGAGAAAAGGCACUGAGUUGGUGGGUUUUAAUCUGGGGCAUAGGUUCCCCAGUGAUGGUCCGCAGACUAGCUUCAUUCAAGUGGCCUGUGGCAACUUUCAAAUGUUCCGGGGGGUGGGGGUAGGGGGACGUUUGGGAACCACUGAUCGAGAGAGAGAAUAGUCCCUGAAGCAUCUUGUGGGAGUUGAAAGCAAAUGUGUUGCUGCUGCCCAUUCACCACCUUUUGGAUGUGAAAGUGCAAAUUUCAGGAAUUGUCCUCUCCCUCCGCUAUCCCUUUGUCCUCUCUUCCUGUUUUUAUAAAAACCCUCCGAUGACUCAUGUGCUUUCCCAUGGGCCAUAGACUUGAGUUUCCUCCUUACAAGGAAGAGCCACAAAGGCCAGAAGCGCAGCUGGGAUCUCUCUUCCUCUGGCGCACGACCUCUGGAGCUGGUGCCUUCGAUCCUUCUCGUUCUCCAGCAGGGGGCGCUCCGCUGCACCCUUACUCCCCACCCACCCCCUCUGUCUUUGAACAAUGAGCAGAUACGUCUCCCUGGGGAAUUUUAGCAUGUUCUGGAACCAGGGGCUGCGAUGCGCUUCCAAGGCUGAGAGAAAGGGAGAAGGAAGGGGACCUCCCUGAGGCCCAGGCCCAACCCUAACAUGAGGCAGAGUAAGGCAGAUUUGAGGCCCCUUUUAAAGGGCAGCAAAUGGACAUUUAUUUGGCUUAUUAUAUUUUAUGAUAUGCAAUGUAUAUAAGUAUAGUGCUGAUAUUGUAUUAAUAAAAUAUAUGGAGAGAGUAGAUUUUCUUCAAGCAUCAAAGUGACUUGGGUGAUGUUUUGCCAUAAGUUAAGUUUGUAAACAGGUCUGGCAGUUGUGAGGAUUCAACACACCCAAAGACAGAGAGAGAGAGAGAGAGAGAGAGAGAGAGAGAUCAUCUCAGACUGUUUGUGGCCAAGGUAAGAACCAAGAUACAUAUUACAAUAAGCAAGCUUUUAAAAAAAGAUCCAGUGUGGUAUAGUGGUUGAGGUGUUGACUAUGACCUGGGAGACCAGGGUUCGAAUUCCCACAUAGCCAUGAAGCUCAAUGGGUGACCUUGGGCUAGUCACUGCUUCUCAGCCUCAUGAAAACCCUGUUCAUAGGAUUGCCAUAAGUCAGAAUCAACUUGAAGGCAGUACAUUUACAUUUUUUUUUACAACGUUGCUUAAACAGGCCACUUAAAUUUUUAAGAAAAAGUAGUUGUGGGGACAGCACCUUUGUGGGCAAAUAGCAGGUCGUUGUUAUGUGUCUCCAAGUCGACUACGACUUAUGGCGACCCUAUGAAUCAGCGACCUCCAAGAACAUCUGUCAUGUACCACCCUGUUCAGAUCUUGUAAGUUCAGGUCUGUGGCUUCCUUGAUGGAAUCAAUCCAUCUCUUGUUUGGCCUUCCUCUUUUUCUACUCCCUUCUGUUUUCCCCAGCAUUAUUGUCUUUUCUAGUGAAUCAUGU